AUGACACAAAUCUGGCCACCGUCCCCGUGCGUGGAGGACGAAGAAGUCUCAUUAGCAAAGGAAUAUCUGGUUGAUGUCCCUUCAAAUCAGCUAAAAAGUGAAAACCAGCCUGCUCACGCUCGAGGCUCGGUAGACCAAUAUCCCGUCAUCGUCGACAGUCAUGUUCCAGCCUCGACGUCGAAAUCAAAUGGGCAAACGGCAAAUCAGCAGAAUGACUUGGUCUCGGACGAUGUGUCGUCAAAGGAAUGUCAUGAGCCUGCUCCUCCUCCUGUUGUGAACACUGAGAAAAGAUUUGUCUACAUAGCCUCAAAGGCGUCAGAGCCGGAGCCAAUCUCACGCUCCGAGAAACUUCAGCGAUCAAAGUCAACCACUCAGCUUGCUGAUCUCGAUGUUCCUAGAGGGAGACCACAAGUGACAAAGAUACAUACAGACCUCGGAGGAGGUCUUGAAGGCAUGGUCACAGGUCACCGACGUUCACCCUCACCAUAUGCUCUCAAACCGCCUACUCCGAUGGAUGGCCUUUCUGCUAGCCCUCAUCCCAAAGAUAAGUUGUUGUCACCGAUGCAUGCUCACGAAACAAGAAGACCUGCGUCUGUACAUCGUAAAACUCAUCAUACCGAGCAUGACAGCAGUGACUCUGAUCAUAAAUCGAAGCAAAGGAGACGGCCAGAAAGAAGUCGGAGCAGACCUGGACGGCAGAGUUUCUCUCAUUCCGAUCGGUCAGAAACUGAGAAGACGGAUCGUUCAAGAACGUCUAAAAGGGGUGAGAGUCCAGACAGCAAAUUCAGUCGCCGUGCACAUCGUCAUCGUAGUCCGGCUCCACCCCCUGGAGGGUUCGUUGGAUACAGCUACACGGGGCAGGAUCAUAUUACUCCGCCUCAAACUCCGAAAUUAACAAGCGAUUCGGCACGAUCAUCUGGUGUAGACCAGUCGACUGUACAUGACAGUUCGGGUAACCAACAACCUGUGAAAAGAUUCACUGCUGACUCUCCUUAUACCUCAUCCGCUGAAGAGGGAUAUUCUCGGCGUCCGGGGUCGGGAGAUGAAAGAAGGGCACAACAGGGAGGUCGAUCCCCGCGAAAUUCACGCUCCCAUAUGGAUAAGGAGGACAGACCGCGGCUGACUCGAACCGUCUCCCAACGCCGUGAACGGGGAUCCAAAGACGAACCAAAUCGUCCGCCACCAUCAUCUGAUGAGCGUCCUCGUCGUGAACCUCAGACCCCGCUGUCUGCUCGCACAACGAAAGCGGUGGAGGAUUAUUUUGAGAAAGCUUUCAUCGCCAAUCAAAAUAAGCGUUCAAGUCACGGUGAUCAUCCAUCACGACCUGUUUCUCCUCUGGCCUCCCCACCACAAAGUCCUCCUCGAACGCCACGAGGUGAAGGAGCGUCUAGAGACUAUUUCGAGCAGCCUUCGACUACUUCUAAGUCUUCAAAACAACGAUCUCGGCCCCCUUCGUUCGACGAUGGCCACUUCAAAGAUCUCAAACCACUAACAUCUCUUCUUGGUGCCGCGACCCUGGGUGCUUCGCUCGCCGCGAAGGCUAUUCCAAACUUAUCUCGGCCAAACACUUCACUCUCCACUGAGACACCGAGCAGUGGCUCCCAGAGCCGGCCGAGCAGUGGCCAAAGGUCGAGAAAACCUUCUCCAGUUCCUGAAGAGCCUCGAACAGCGCCGCAUACUCGGUCGAGGACAAACUCUUUUACCACUCGAGACGAUGGUAAAUCGACGCGCACUUCAAUCUACUCUGUACAUGAAGAUCGAGCGAUACCAAAGAGUGCAACAUACCCACCACCGCCACCACCACCCUUGGAAGUUCCUCGCCCAACGGUCCGAGCUGCUUCAUACUCAUAUUCUCCGGAACAUCCAAGACCAGCAGCCCAUUAUAGAACCUUUUCUCACAUGUCUAGCCCUUCGAACCAGUCGACCUCAGGGUUUCAGCAGCCUCUUCAAUUUCCGGCUCAUCCAGCGAUGCUAUCAUCCCCGAUGACCUCCGAACCUACCGGCUCUUUCUCAGGCGCCAUUUCUAGGCCAGCCACCCUACCUCCUUGCCCUCGCUCCAGACCUGUUCCUGGACUGCAUGACUGGUACACGAUCCGUGACAUUUCGUAUCUUGAUUUCUGCCCCACAUGCAUGAGUUUUCUGGGAGCGACUCGCUUCCGGGAUUAUUUUAUUCCAAGCCUGCCCAAAGACCCUAGACGGCCAAUUGUUUGCGCCAUGAGUCUACCAUGGCUCCGCUUUGCAUGGGUGCAGUCUAUCAAGCAGGACAGGAAAGAUCUUACUCUUGUCUGGCAGUUGAGCACUCCACCCCCGCAAGAGACGAGGCCCUGCGCUGGUUCCAAUCCCGAUGUAAGGAGGUGGUAUCAUCUGACGGACCCCAGGACCAGAAGACCUGUAGAAGGGUUUGAUAUAUGCUCUGCUUGCGUGAGGAACAUUGACCUAAUUUUCCCUAAACUUCAAUUCCACUUGUUUGAUCGACCACCCAACAAGCCUAGCCAGGAGAAGGUCUGCAACCUUAACGUCAGCAGUCGGCAUUUUCUUCCUAUUUUGAACGAGUUGGAGAGACUGGCAGAACGGCGGCAGAAAGAGCAGCUCAGGCAAAAAGACCUCCAAGACUUUGUUGACUUCAUUCGUCGGAUUUCCCGCCACCGUGAGUGUGUGAAGGACACGAUGCUGGCAACACUUUCGUGGCAUUACCAUCCAGACCUGCCAGAAUUGACCAUCUGUGAAGAAUGCUUUGAAGAAAUCGUGUGGCCUCUCAGGGACCGGCCAAUUGCAAGAGACGUAUCCAAAACAUUGAAACCCGUACCUACCUUACGAAGAAGCCAACUCCUCCCUGGCAUAAGUUGCCAACUUUACAGUGAUCGUAUGAGACGAAUUUUCCAUGAAGCAGUGAACAAGAAUGAUUUCGAAAGUUUGAAGAUGGCAGCAAGGUACAGGUACAACAUGGAACAUCGGUUACAGGAAAUGCACAAGCUGUAUGAACAGGAUCAAAAAGCCGGGAUUGACCGGAGAGCGGAGAUGGAGAAAAAUAUUUCUAUUUGGAAGUCCAUCGAAUGA